CCUCCUCCGCUCCCUCCAUGCUGCUGCAGGUUUCAGGAAGCGGAAGGAGGAAUGUUGGAGUGUUUUCAGAAAAGUUUGGAUAACUUUGACAGUUUGGGAACUGAGACACAAACUGCGGAGAAACAUGACGGUGAGUGACUUUACGGUUCAGAGUAAAAUGACCGAAAAUAUCACUUUUUAGGCCCGCUGAAGUGAAGUGCUGCUGGUGUGUUUUAGUGUUGGUGUGGACAGUUUGUGCUGCUGUCUCCGUGUAUCUGUGUCAAACAGAGCAGGAACAGGAUAAACAAGUUAGUCUCAUCCAAAGUAGAAAAGGAAAGUUUCUGACGUAUGAUGGUACAAAAAUACUUUUCAUAACCAGUCUAAAAAUGCGUCAGCAUGACUGAGAAAUGACAGGUUUGGACCAGCAUCUACCAGGUACUGUGCACAUUUGUAAAACUCUGUUUCUGUUAUAAACUUUAAAUGUCACUUAAGUCAGAAGUGACCGACUGCUCCUCCUCGGCUGUUAACUCAUGUACACCUAAUAGCUUUUUCAGUGUUUAUGUUAUUAACUCAACUAAGUUGACAGUAAAACACUUGAGGGGUUGAUAUAUUAUAUAUAUUUUAACAUUAUUAAAUCGAACUUCUCUUUAUAAAGCACUCAAGUUUGGUUUUCAUGUUGACAAACGACAUAGUUAAGCAACAUAAUCCCAUGAAACUGAAUAUUACAGACAUUUUACAAUUUGUUAGCAAUUUUUCUUGAAUUAAUUUAGUAGUGAUUUGCUGUCUUUUUGUUAAACUGGUAUUUUUAUGCAGGGUUUUGACUUGUAAUGAGCUAAUUUGGAGUAUAUCUGUACUUUUAUGGAUGCAAGAGAUAUGAAAACAUCUUCCUUCUGUCUUCUUGAUCUCCUGCCUCACUGUACUUUGUCCCUGACUAUCCAGAGGUUAUUAAAUCAACCCCACCUUUAUCAGGUGCAGCAUGAAGCGAUGAACUCAUUCAUGCAUCCAAAUUGAGUAUUUGUCUUGAGAUUUUCAUGUGAACUUGUACAGAGAAGACUUUGAUUCCUAAAUGUGUUCAUACACAUGUGGACUCAAGUGUACAGCUGUAACAGCAGCUACAGUAUUUCAACGCUGUGGUUUUGCCAGUUUGAUGUCAGUAAAGAGCUUAGUUUUCAUUUCACUUCUGGUUUGCAGCUGGUUUCGUUGACUUUUGAGCAGUUCCUCCCUUAUUUUUGAAGAGUCACGAUGAUGAAACUCAGUGCUGCACAAGUGGUGAAAAGUGAUGAAGUAUGUCUGCUAUUCUACCAAAGCACAGUUUAGACACACUUGCAUGCAGCUGUAGUGCAUUAAUGUCGAGCUAACUCCCACUUUUUAUUGUCUCUCUGAUUUUUUUCAUGCUUUACACAUUUCUUCCUUUGAAUCCAAGAAACUUAAAAAAAAAAUCUUUUAGUGAAGUAUUUGUUGGCUAUUUUAUGUCUUUUAAUCUAUUUCAUUAUCUGGCUUUUCCUACAAAAAACCCAGUUUGUAAAAUGCUUGAUUCUGAUUGAACAGAGCCCCAUUAAAGCGGUAAUUAUAUGGUAUUUCUGGAUAGCAAGAGGGACACUAGGAACAAUCAGAUCACACAUCAUGCCAAAGUAAUCCUCAAAAAGAUGUCAUAGCGUAGUGUCUGCCUGUCGACGCAUUUGUUGCAAAAAUGAUAGUUUAUAUUUUGGGUGUAUUAUUGAUAUUGGCAGAUAAUAGCUUGAAAAAUUAGUUAACAUAUUUGCUGAUAUGGAAAUUAGUACUGUAUUAGUCUUGUGCCUUUGAUGACUGGUUAGAAACAGCAGACAUGACAGGUCUUUAUUGUUUAAAAAGGAACGAAAUCUUGUUUGUUCUUCAAGGGAAUGGACAAUCACAAUAAAAGAAGUAGGUCAGUUCUAGUACAACAAAUGCAAUAAAACACAGUGUAUAUACGGGUAUCAAUAUCCGUAUUGGCUGAAAUUAUUUUAAAUAUAUGGAUGUAUUGGAUGUUCACAAAAAUCUAAUAUCAUUUAUCCCUAACUUUGGAUAACAAUAGUUAACAACAUGGAUGUUUUAUGAUAUAUUUCUCUCAAACUUUAAGAGUUCAAAACUUUUGUUAUGUCUGCUGCUCUUCUUAGGAAUCUUUUCUCACCUUGCCAGGAUAAUACUUUUCGUUACCACCUGGUCACCAUAUAUCAACAUACCUUUCUUUAUUGUUUCAGUUCUUCUUUGCACAGUGUCUGUUUUUCUUCUGUGUUCAGGAGCUUGCAUAACUCCAGCUUUAAAAGGCGUUAUAAGCUUAUGUUAUUGUGCAACAAAAGCUGCAUUUUCUUUUAUUGAUCAAUCUUCUUUUCUCUGUAAACUAAAAGGGAUAGAUGAACUACCCAGAGGUUAGAUUUUGAAACAUUACAUUGUUCGAUCUUGUAUUCAGAAUCCCUCAUAGGUGUAUGCCCUCAUUAUCUGCAGGAAAAAUACACCUCUAUGCGGCUCAAUGGCUUAUACAUAUGAGUGAAAUAUUGUCAUAACAUUAUUAUAUAACCAGAAUAAUAGCUCUGAUAAAUCAAUGCUUUAUUGUUGCAGCUGCUUGAGAUGGAGUCAGCUCAAAGGGAAUUUUUUCAAAGCAUUGUUCUUCUAGCAUUAUUUAAUAUAUGCUCUAAAUCCUGCUAGUGACUAAUGGCAGCAGUGUUCAGACAAAUGUACAUUGGGCCUCUUGUAAGAAAAACUUUGCAGAAGGGUUGGGUCACAAUUUUCUCUAAGUCAGUCUUAAAACAACACUCAGGAGCUCAGGAGCAUUAAAACAGGUUUAACUUGCGGUUAUUCUUCUAUGAACAUGACGUUGGUGAUGUUUUAAUAUAUCGCAGACCUGUGUUUGAUCGUCUCGUUCAACCAGGGCUGCAAUUAUUUUUUAUGGCAUCAUCAGUCAUUCCUCAGGUCUUGUGACUUAUGUUUAAUUAAUCUAGAAUUUAUUUACUCUGGCUGAUGGCAAAUACACUAUUCUAUUGCUUGAGGAAACCUAAAUUAAGUAUAAUUACCUAAUUGACAAAGGAAAGACCAACCCUCUCACUUGGUGAGGCUGUCAAUCUCUGCUGUUUUUUUGCUUGUGAAGGAAGAGCCAAUCAGCUGCAACUUUUCACAACUUACUGACUAAUGAUUGACACAGCUUUUUGUUUUUAUAUCUCCCCUGAAUAUCUUCCUCUGUGCUCUUUGGGGACAUCAGCAUAUGUGCAAGCAUGCAUGUUUAUUUGUGUGCUGCAUAUGUGGUGUAGUGUUUGUACAGAGUUUGUGUGUGUUCACUGUCAGUAAAGAAGAUGACACGAUUUCCUCACAUUUCUUCUAAAGAUGACUCUUCUUAUUCUGACUUCUGUGGUUUGACAGAUAAAAAAGAGCGUGAAGCCAAAGGUUUUUUGUCUUCAUGGUCAGUAAACCUGCUCAAAGUUCAGUUUUGGGGGCAGGAGGGUAUUUUUUGACUCUUAGCUCAGGGGCGAUUAUGGGCUUUAAUGCUGGCACUCUUUCUGGUUCAGGCCUAUCCACUGAGUUCUGAUAAUAAUUAAGUUUGGACUGAAAGUAAAACCUUAAACCUGAGCCCUCUGAAGAUUAUUAGUACUGGGUUCAAGUGUGUUUAAAUAGAAGUUGACAGAUAACCAACCUUGGCAAAUCAUCAGGGCCAGUGUUCAGCAUUGGUCCUAUUAUCUGUAUUGGCUUCAUAUCUUACAGAUGGCUGUAGUCAUUGGCAUUAAUAAUUGCCAUUGGCUGAUAUAUGGGCUCAUAAAGCCAAUUUAAAAAAAUGUACAAAUCAUGUCUAUAUACAGGACAAACAGCCUCAUCAGAAUGGCUGCUUCUAAUCUAUCCUACCAUCCCAUAAAUGAUAAUAUGUGAAAUGAGAGCCCAUCAAAACUAAUAAUUACCGACAAGGGUUUGACAAGUAUACUGUUGGGAUUUAUAGAGAGUUUAAGGUUGCCUCUGACUUAAACAUGUCCACUACAUUAGCCCACUUUAUUUCUCUUUUUUGUGAAAUACUUCUAUUCAGGACAUGUUUCUAGCUCAGAUAACCAUGUAUUUAGAUUGUAAUAUGCAUGAAAUAACAGGUGUUACAAUUAACAGUGUUGGCAUCAUACUGUAUUAGGCAGAAAGAGGUCAAAUCAAAGACAAAUUGAUCAGUUUUUGUGGUCAAAUGUAAAAAAGAAAAUGUCAGCAGUGUAAGAGUAUUGCUGCAUCUUAGAGGCCAUGAAGUUUGUAAGCCAUAUUUCGGUGAUAUUGAACAUAAACAUUCUGACAUUGAUCCCAAAGCACAAUCAAGUCUUGCAGUUUUAAAUGACUGAAGUUUCCUAAUUACUUCUAAAUAAAAUUCUGCAACUAAAUUCUCCAAACAUAUUACCUAACAAACAUUCAUUUGGGGAAAAAAAACAUUUAUUACUGUUACAUUUAUUAUCAGUGGUUGUGAUUAUCAAGAAAUGUCUAUAAUGGUAUUUAUUAAAUCAAAAGGAUGUUUAUGAACUUUGAGAGUGAAGCUGAAACAAACAUGAAUUAAAUGAAGAUUUAGGUACUGAUACCAAAAGUUUGAUGGCUAUUAUGUUUUGAAGUAGGAGCAUGAAGUUGCAUAAAAAGGAAAACACUUGAUUACAAUAGUUAAGUACCACAGAACUAUAAACAAAACACACCAAGUAUGCCUGAAUUAUUUUCAUCCCUGCUGCUGUUUCAUAAGGAAAAUGUCUCUUGCAUCAUUAGAUAGUCAUUGUGGUCACAGUUGAUUAUCCCGGGUCAUAAAUCCAAGUAGAAAUCAUAAUAAUAAUUUCGGCUUAAAGUGAGCAGUGACCUCUGUUAUUAUGACAAGGGUUCGAGUGUUGGCUCAGCUGGAGGGUUUGCAAAGUUCAUGUUUCAUGGAAAAGACUUUAAGCUGGAUUUGAACAGCAGCGACCAUCUGAGUCUGCUUUCUGUCAGAGCGAGCAGGUUCCCUGAGCGACAUUCAGUUUAUGAAUGAUUAUAUUACAAUGAUAUAAAACAGAAAACUUGUACUUUUUGUGUAUUUUAUUACAGGGUUGCAUAAGGUUGGUUUUAACUGACUUAGAUUUGACAAAUGGAUUCUGCCCUCUUGGUUUAGUUUUACUGGACAAAACAAGAAAAGAAAAAUCACUUAUUGAGAUAAAGUCAUAUUUCAAGAUUAAGUAAAAAUGUUCUUACCAUACACCAUUUAUUAUCAUGUUUGUGACCAGGCUAGAUGACACUCAGUUUUAUUUAGAAGUUUGGCAUUUUCCCUCCUCAUCCAGUCCAUGCUGUGUCAGGGUUUGUGGUUGCUUCAUGUCUGUUUUCUUCAAUUUUGCUGAUGUCUUAUUCACCAAACUCCCAGCUAUGUGUUUUCUUACUUGUCUGGACAGUUUAUAUACUCUCUUUAGCCAUUAAUCACAUAUCUAAAGUUUCAUGUUACCAAAAUAAAUUCAUGUUCACAUUAAGGAUAUCACCAAAGUUGUUCAAGUUGUAGGUAUCUAAAUCUAUUCAAACAUCCUUUACCAAAUAUCCUAAAUUUCUGUGUUUUUAACAUUUUUGACUCCACUGGCUUUUCCUUUCCUAAAACUUUCACACUUUUUUUAUUUUCAUUUUUAUUUUUUUAAAUAUUUUUUCUUUUGUAAAAAAACAGCUCAAGAAAGAGGCAAUAUGCAGAGUAGAAAGUGGGCGUGACAGUCGUCAAAGGGUUAUGGCUGAGUUGUACCAGCAACUGCUGCCUAAGUUUUUGUACAUGGGGCGGACCCUUUGACUGCUGCUGGCACCCCAGAUAUAAUCUACUCCUGACCCUCAGUCUUCAAUCACUGUUGCCUUGUUAGGAUCUUCUUGUUUAGUGUUCAUAUGAUGGUAAAUCUUCCUCUUGAUAUAGAUUUUUCUAAAGGGUUUACAUCAGUUUCCUGCCAAAGUAGUACAUUUGUGGUUAUAUUGAUUUUUAACACCACAGCCUACUGUCCCAUCAAAUGUUUGUCUUUAUAACUUUGUUGCAUAAAGAAAUCCCAAAAUUAGGCAAGGCAACGUUAUAUAUUAGGCAGAUUUUGGCAAAGUUCAUUAAUAAGAACAUUCUUAUCUGAUGGUUUCAGGACAAGUCAAGUGCUUUUCAGAUCAAAGGACUCUACGCUGAACUGUGUGUGGAUGGAAAAUUAAUAUUUUUGGGAGUCAAAGUUGCAUAACUAUGUGGAGUGACUGUUGGUUAAACCUUAAGCAAACAAAUAUUAGGCUGUUGUGUUUAUUGCUUCACUCUUUGUUCUUAAGUAGUGGUUUCCUCUGAUCUUGAUGUUUGAGAUUUCAAGGAAAAAUGUGCUCCAUGUGAUAAUCGUCUAAAUUAGGACUUGUUAUACGCAGAAUAACAGAAAGUGUAAAAUCUGCAUGGUGCCCAGAGGAUGAAUCUCAAAGCGCUCCUCUACCGUCACCUGCUGUUCAAGUUCCCUCUAAACUGAUAAAGCAUCCUUAUGACCGGAACAGAAUUUGAACAAGAUAUUCAUGUUGUUUUUAUUAUUACUUAAGGCGUGGAAACAAAUGGUGUUGCAUCUGUUCAACUUUUUGUUUGAGUCAGCUGGCGGAGCCACAGUGACGUCCUGUUCCACUAACUUACACACAUUUAACUUACCAAUAAAAUGGCAGGUGACCUGAAGGUUGGUACAGUCGACGGAAAGAAAAGAGUCCUUUGUCUGUUGGAAGUCAAUGAACUUUCCAUUCAUGUCUCUGCUUCAGUAUCAGUGUUUGUUAUGAUCACUCCUGCUGCGCUGAUAAGCCACAGGGAUCCCCACCGAGUUAACAAUCAUAGCAUUAUACUUCUUUUUAUCACUUAUCAAAAGUAAAUUCUUCAGAAAAUGUAAUGCUGGCCUGGUACAUCUGAAAAAGAGCUCACUGUAAUGGCAGAAACCUCGUAUGAGACAACACUUAUUUAACCUGUGUGCUACUUGAGCUCUAAGUAUUUUGGCUUCACUUUCGUGUUGUGCUGUUGUCCAUCUUGUGUCCCAAUACAUGUAUUUAAUGUGGUUUGCCUAAAUUUCAUGAUGUCUUACUUCAUUCAAGCAUUUUGUAGUCCUUAUGUUACAAACGUACACAUGGACUGAGUCCCUUAGAAAGCAAGGCUGACCCGCGAUGCACUGGUAUUUGUUGUAUGUGUGCCUUGUUUAUAGUACACACCAUGUAAGGGCAACUGAAAAUAGCAGAAAGACAAAGUUGUGACUUGCAACACAAGAAUCUGUAUCUGUUCAUUGAUGAAAUGGUCCAAAGUGUUUUGACAGUAUUUGUAAUUUUGACUUAUUAACUAGUAAGGUGAGAAAACCCUCAGAAACACUGACCCUUGGCUCUCCUGGCAUAAUUAUAAUAAUAAUAGAUUUUAUUUAUAUAGCAGUUUUUAUUGCACUCUAAGACACUUUAAAAGGAAGAAAACACAGGUGGAGUGGUUAUAUUUUAUGCCAGUUUGACCCACACAGCCCACACACAACUAUAGUCUCUUUUUCUGCUUUGAACUACUGCCAAACCAUCUGCCAGCUUUGCUUGUUUCCAGGUAGUAGUUUUUUUUUCAACAACAGAUUGCUAAACAGUAGAGUUGGGAUUAUUGUUAAAAGACAACAAUGACUUUGUGUCAUGCGUAGUGCAUACUUUGCACAUCAUGGGUUUGUAUUGGUUGAAACAAUAUUGGAUUAAUGGAUAUAAUCAAAAAUUAUAUGUGAAUAUUGAUGUUAUCUCAGCAGAAAUGCCAAACAAGGACUUCAGCUAAAAGGAAUUCAGUCCAGGGUGAGCUUAACUGAUUGAAAUUUAACCAGUGAUAAAACAAAGUUAGGAGCCCAGACUGUGUCGCUAAAUUAUCAUCCCACAACUAAAUUUUCCCCACACCAAAAUCUUGUCAAAAUUGGGUCCUGUAAAAACCAGACAAAACAAAGACUCUAAAACAUCUUAAUAGUCUCUCUUUGAAAACUAGAAGAGAUGAGUGUUGACAGGAGGAGAGAGACGUGGGGUUGAACAUUGUCUUUAUGGCGCUGUGGUGAGGGUGAAGAGCAGCUUCUCCGACAGCUGUGGGUUAAAGACUCCGCAGAGGACUCGCUUUCUGCACACUGUCCGCCUGUGUGUUGUUGUUUUCUGUCACUCCAGUUUGUUUUGCAUCUAUGAGAGAAAUCUAAAAAUAAAUUCCUCCCUCAAUCAGCCCGUCAUCUCUCUCUCUCUCGGACAGGAAGUUGCUCUGUUCUUUAUACUAAACACUCGCUUCCUGUUUCACACGUUCUUCUUUUCUCCCCCCCUUCCUGUCCAUCCCUCUCCCCCGUUUAGCCUUUGACUCUGUACAGAAUAUUUUCUAUUUUCCGCCUUCUUGACCUUCUUUUGUUGUUGCAGCCUUUAGUUUUAUUUUAGUCAAUGACUUCUUGCCUGUUCCUCCACCUUAGCUAUUUUUAGCACCAUGUAACCAAAUGACCUAUUUAUAGACUUCUAUCUACAAACAGUUUGAGGGUAGAGUUGCUGGGGCUGCUGCCUUUACUGACAUUUUUAUCAUCUCUUGAUCCUGGUUGAGGUCUUUAAAUGACUUUUGAUGUGUUAACUGUGCAUGCAUUUAUCUAGAUCGGAAAGUAACAAGGUGUAACUUUAUGCUGGGGAUUUUUUCAUAUAGAUGCAUUUUGUACCAUAUCUAUAUUAACUAUGUCAAUAGGAGACAGAAAUAUGUAUGUAUCAGCUGAAUUUAAAUGAGACUUUCACUAUGCUGGUAAAUAUGAGACAACAGAAUUUUAAAGCUCCUGUGAGGAGAUUUUAACUGCUUGAGAAACCGACUGAAAUUGACAGUAAGGGCUCCUUAUGACCUUAUUUAAAUGAAGGAGAUAUUUUUGUCAGACAGCAAAACUUCCAGAUAGAGAUAAGAUGUAUCGUCUCGCCCACAGGUGGCGCCAAAACUGACACUAACAAAAAGUUCCUCACAGGAGCUUUAACUGGCAAAUGACAGGGUUAACUAAAAUAUUGAAGUGUUUAUGGUUUGAAGUAGUUGUCUUGUUUUUUUCUUUCAUGUUUGAUUACUGGUUUUGGUGAUUGCAGUGACUAGUGAAGCUUUUUUUUUUUUACUUUGUGGUCCAUCGAUUACAGUUUUUCAAUAGCCAGUGCUGAUACUGAUGUUGAGAAAGCAGAUUGGCUGAUGACCAAUAUACAAUGCUGAUAUCGCUGUGUUUUUGGUUUGUUGGUUAUUGUUCUAUGUAAGAAAAGGGUGCUGAGCUUGAGCAAACCUUUUCAACUAGUAAAUCAGACAGAGAAAGGGUGGCACAGUGGUGUAGUGGUUAGCACUGUCGCCUCACAGCAAGAAGGUCCUGGGUUCAAAUCAGGGUCAGGGCGUUUCUGUGUGGAGUUUGUAUGUUCUCCCUGUGUCUGCGUGGGUUUACUGCGGGUACUCCAGAUUCCUCCCACAUCCCAAAAACAUGCAGAAGCGUGGACGGUUGUUUGUCUCUAUAUGUCAGCCCUGCGAUGAACUGGCGACUUGUCCAGGGUGUGCCCUGCCUUUACCUGAAGUUGCUGGGAUAGGCUCCAGCCACCCCACCCCCACCCCCAAAACUGACAAAAACACCCACAUUUCUUAACUGGAGAUGCUGCAGAUAUUCACACUGCUUUAACUGGGUCGAGAGAUUUUAUUUCUGAUGUUCUUGUAAAAUAGUUUAUAUAAGUCAUUGAUUAAAAAUAUACUCUCAUUAAAUUGCCGGAAUACUGUUUCAGAAGUCUUCCCUGUUUGGCAACUGAUUUUCUAUUUAUACACUAGAGAUAUUUUCACCACAUCGCUGAUAUGUUUUCAUAAGGGAGUCCACAAUAAAAGUUUACCCAACACUUAUCAAUCAAUCAAAUUCAGACCAAAGGCAUCCUUUAAGAGUGAUUGUCUUUGUAAUCUCAGCUGGUCUCAGUGUGGGUGACUUGGCCAUUAAUAAUAAACACAUAGAAGCUUCUCAAAUUCUCAUCCGACCGCAGAAUAUCUCCCCUCCCUGAAGGCUCAUUUGUUGUUUACUAAGGAAAAAAAAAAGACUGAUUAGUGGUCAGAUUUUAAUCACUUUUCUGUUUUUUCUUCGGCCUGUUUUUGCCACAACUUGUCUCCAUCCAUCUUGAAAAGAUCAAUUUCAAAGUUUACUUCUAACCCUCUCUCUCUCUCUCUGUCUCUGUCUCUGUCUCUGUCUCUGUCGGUAUCUUAUCUUAUCUGUCUGUCUGUCUCUCCAGCUGUGUACCCGGUGGUGAUGUUUCUGUAGAGUUGUCAGUCUUUUCUGACUGACUCCAAACAGUUGCAAAGGACUGGCAGAUAUGGAGAGUGGAGCUCUGGGGGUGGAAACCAGCACCACUUCAGGUGGGUCAUCUUAUGUUUGCAAAGUUCUUGAAGUAAUUGACAUAGGUACUGCAUAAAGAUUGAGACUGUAAGUUUAAUUGUAAAGGAAAAAACUGAAAUAGCUUUAAAAGUAAUAAAUAAAGCUAAUGUAGUUUGAAUACUAAGCUUGAUUAUGGAUAAAAAAUUGAAUUAAUAAUUUUAAAGUUAAUCCAGUUAUAAUAAGGAGAGUAAAUGACAUGUAAUGGAAAUUGAGAAACUGUUGAAAAAAUUUAAUUGUAGUAAGAGAUCAACAGUGGAUUUUGGGAAGUGGGAAGCAGUACUGCUUGAAAAAGUUGAACCAACAAAAAUAAUUGAUAAUCCGCUGAAACAGUUUGCUUAAUUAAUGACAGUAAGAGUAAGCAGUUUUCCUAAUGUCAUGAAUAAAUUGUCUAAUUCUUGGUAAAAAAAAUAAAAAAAAUAAAAAGUGAAAUCUGUGGGCUAGAAGUUAAAUAGAGUACAAAACUUGACCUUAAACAGUUAUCUGAAUGUGAUUAAAAUAGUGAGCUAAAAGGAAUCACUAAACAAAUAGUCAGUUUAAAAUAAUGGGUUAUAUGUUAUAUUAUUGGCUAAUGCUAAUGGGUGCAAAAAUAAAAUAGUUUACUAAAAGUAAUGAGUUAUUGUUUACUGAUAUAAUAAAAAGCUAAAUGAUUUAGCUGUAAUAAUAUGUAAAAAGUUUUAAGAAGUUAGCUUAAGCCAAUAAUCAUGAAAACUUUUUGAUAGGGCUCUACAAAAAAAAAUGUAAAUAUAAUUGUUUAAAUAGUUUUCUAAAAGUAACAGGUAACACAUGGAGCUAAAAGUAAUGAGUUAUUGUUUACUGAUAUAAUAGAAAGCUGAAUGACUAAGCUGUAACAUUAUGUAAAAAGUUUUAAGAAGUUAGCUUAAGCCAAUAAUUAUGAAAACCUUUUGAUGGAGCUCUACAAAUAAAAAAAAAAGUAAAAAUAAUAAUCAUGAUUAUAAAUAGUUUACUAAAAGUAACAGGUAACACGUGGAUCUUAAAGUAAUAUUUGUAAUAUUUACAAUUUACAGACAGCUAGCUAGUUCAAGCAGUUAGCCAAAUGUAAUUUUUAACAGCUAAGUAGUUAUGUGGAGUUGCUCGUAGCUUUUAGCAACAAGUAAAACUUAAAACAGUUCGCCAAAAGUAAUGUAUUAAAGUUAUCACUGUUUCCAUGCCAACACAGCUAACUGUAGGAGUAAUUACUUAAAAGCUAAAAAAGUCUGCUAAAUUGGACAGUUUAACAGGUGGCAUUAAAGAGCCAUGAACAAUUAGCUUAAAGUAAAGGAUAAAUAGUUGCAACAGUUAGUGAGAUAGAGAAAGUUUUUGUAAAGUUUCCUUUAAUAGUUUAAGUGAUUUAAGUUUCAAACAGCUUGUUAAAGUGAAAUGUCAAAAAAGCAUAAAGUUGAAUGGUUAAUUGCAGUAGAGUGAAGUAAGAACAGUAAUGGGAAAAGGUAAAAUGAUCAAGUCUCUGCUUGACCGUUGUGCACCAGUCAGGUAACCUGAAUGUGAGGGGCGGAGUCAGCUCAUGUGAUCACCCGCCUAACUCACCUUCUGCGCGUGUUUGUAUUGAAUCAGUUGUAGUUUCUGUUUGUCGGGUUGGAGACCUGUCAAACCUGAUUGAUGACUUCACAGCAGUCAGCAGUUCAGACAGAUUGUUUGCUUAAUUUGGUCCUUAGAUCCCAGAGGGCAAUCAGACGCCAACGUAGCCUGUCUGCGGCGCCGGGCCUGGGCCCAGAGCAGAGACUCUGUCUGGCAAGAGUCAGGGCCAGAGACAUGUGGCCCCCAGGAGCCCCAGCAGAACCAGAGGGAGGCAGAGGCACAGAAACCCUCAGAAGAACCAGGUUAGUCUGGGAUUAACAGCCUCUGAAUUUUUUAUUUUUUUUUGGAAGAAGGAAAGUGUCACAUUAUCUCUUUAUUUUCUGAAACAGCCUCCAAUUUCACUUCCCUGCACUAAAGUAUGGGUUGACAUUAUCUUAUCAGGGUAAUAUAUCAGUAUCAUCCUAUAAGCAACAACAGAUUGCAGAACAAAGAGGUCAGCGGUGUUUUGUUUUUGAGGUAACUAAGCAACAGUGUGUCUUUUGCUCAGUUUGUUAAACAAAACCCACUUGAAGUUCAUUUAUCCUUAAUCCAGGUCUUAAUCUUGAUAUUGACAUGCCCUCAAAAUGCCAACUCCAAUUUAGAAGUGCAGUUCCUUGGAUUUUCUACCACAUACUGUUUUAUAUAACAUGGGACCACUUAGGAGAAAUUGCAAAAAAUCACAAGUUAUCUGUAUUAAUGCUAUUAUCAGAUAUAAAGGCUGAAGAGAAGACGACAGUAGGAAAAGAGAGGUGAUACAGGCAGUCCUAAUUUUGAAACAUUGAUUGCAGUAGUACUCCUAGUCUCCUACUGGAAUUAAUUCUAGAUGAAAAACAACAAUACUAGACUAAAAAGGUGCAGAAAUUAAGACUACAGGUUUUACAGAGAACCUUAUUUGAAGCUAUUAGAUCAUAACUCAGUUUGUUUUUCAUCAAAACUGUUGUUUUUUUCACAUCAGCUCUCACUGAUGGGGUGAUCAGUUUGGCUAUUCGGUCAGUCGUCUGACUGCUUUCUUACCGACUAAAUCAUGUCAAUAAUCUUUGGGUUACGUUUCAUUUGGAUCAUUUGUAACAACAUCAAAUGAAAUUGAACUUUUACUAAACUGGUGUUUUCCCUUUAAUAAAUACAGAAAUGAGUUGCACAAGUAUGUGGGGGGCGGCAGGUAUCGGCCAAAACCCGAAUCUUAGUACAGGAAUCAGUAUUAAAUUCCUCAUCGUUGACAGGAUUUUUGCAGUGAUACUCUGAAAUUUGCUGAGAGAAUUUACAGCCAUGACUUGGUUUGUCCCUGAAUUUUUCUCCUGUGUGACCAUUAGCUUUAAGUAUUUGGGAUUUUGACUGAGUUUACUCCACAACUGUUUGAUUGGUUGCUUUAGAAUACAGUUUUGUGUCUAAUGCUGAUAAAAUUCUGGACGUAAUUUACUUGGACAUGGACAUGUUGAUCUGUUAAACUUGUUAUAUCAGCAUGGCCCUUUGAGCUUGUCUCUGUGCAAAUAUAAAGAUGUGGCUUUCAGAACUUCACGCAGACGUAAAUAUGGAUGUUGACUCUUAAAGGCUGCCUUGGUUUAAGGUGUUAGAUACAUUUCUGAUUUGUAAAUGAUGCUCAGCACAUACUGUACAUUUUCAUUUUAGUUGAUGCUCCAGCUUGGUAGCAGCUUUCAACUCAGCAGCAUCUCACAGGUGUUUUAAUGCUUCUGGACAAUUUUGCACCUAAUCCAAAUCCAUCUUUAUUUUGCAACCAUUGCUAUCUAUUAUUUCCAACUUUAUGACUUUGCUAAAACUUGAUAUUUUUUUUAUCAUCAUUUUAUCUUUGAUUUUGAUACACUGACAAGACAGAACUGGUAAAGACACUGCAGUGUGUAUGAGCGCUGUCAACAUGUGAUUAUGACGCCGAUAUGACACUUGUGGUCCGGACACGGAGUUAGUCUUGUUCAAACACGCACAAUCCUUUAAAGCCAUGUUGGCUUUGUUAAACUACAAUCAGCUUUUUAGUGCUUGGUGUUAGAUAAUGAUUUGAUUGUUAAAGUCAUUUAUCAAAAGUGAAAAAUGCCAUACAUUUGCUAGAUGUGCUAGAUACAUUAAGUGUUUGAAUUGUGAGGAAAUGCUCCGCAUCUGUUGAAAAUCAUGUCACAGUUUAGACUUUUGAUUGGUAAGAGUAAAUAAUGAGAUUGAAGAUUUCUGCUGAGUUUCUCAGAAACUUUUAUGGGGACUUUUCCUUUUUGCAAAAUUACUUAUUUUGAACGUAACAUCAGCUGUUGUACAAUUGCAUGACAAGGAACAUGAUCCAGUUCAUCUAAACUGUGGUAAAACUGCAGCCAGCUUAUGUCACGACGGUAAUCAGCCCAAAUGUUUAGAGUUACAUCCUGAAGUUCAGCACUGUUGUAAUGCUUUUAUGGCAUGUUGUAAUCUCAGUUACAGACGACAUCUGCUGGCACAUUGCUUUAACGUGCUCCUCUCUCUCUCUCUCCUUCUCUCUCUCUCUCUCUCUCUUUCUGUCAGGCCGAGUUCCCAGCAAGAUAACCAGCUGGCUGAUUGAAUGCAGGUAGAGUAUCAAAUCUACACCUUAACACUGAUUUUCGGUUUCCUGUUUAAGCUUGCUUGCCUGGCAUUGGUGCAGAUUCUUGGGAGUAAUUUGCGCUUUUUAUUCCAUAGAAAUAUAUCAGCUUGUGUGUGUUAUUCAUCUACAGCAGGUUUCAAGUUGCUGCAAGUAGAUUUGAUAAGAAAAAAACUUUGAUGAAAGUGAAAAUAAAUAAGGAAUGAUGGACUUUAGGGACACAAUAAGCAGGGAGUACAGUAAGCAAACUUGGUUUUCCUGAAUCCUGACUGACGGGUUCAAGUACAGACUACCCUAAUUGCUUAUUGGUUUUCUGGAGGUGUUGCGUUUGUGUGUUUAGGAGCAGAGUUAUCAGCUGCUGACGUAGAAACUGACACUUAACCAACGCCCAGACACACAACACACACAUCCCAUGGACACAAAGGUGUGGGGGGGGCCUCUCCCAGAGAUAGGACACAUAGUGCUUUUGAGGCAGAGAGGGCAGAAAGAUGCAGAGAAAGCUGAUAGAAGACAGAGAGAGAAGGAAAGAAAAGAAAGGAGUGUACACAGAGGAGGAGUUCCUCCUGCUGAGUCAACACUGUUAUCACUCACACACACGGGGUUAGCCGCUGUCACUCACAGCGCUUUAGCUUUACAGUCCUCAGACGUGUGCUCUGUAAAAUCACCGUGGUAACAUGACCAGCAGACACAGAAUCAUGGGUAACCAUAGCAACCCCCACAGGCAAGGGGCUUGAGGCCAACAUGGCUGCAGUUGGGAAGUAGGAGGCAACUUUGCGGCUGCGCACUGUUGCACAAUCAUCCCUGUGUGAGUGUGUGUGUGUGUGUGAGUGUGUGUUUGUAUAAAAUGGUGGCAUGAAGUUUGUCCCAUUGAUAAGAGCUGCAGGUUGUGUAAGAGCUCAGUGUUUGCAGCACUCAGCUGCAGACAGCAGCUCAGACCAGCUCGCUCCCUGCUGCUGUCAUUCAGCCUGAUCUCUCAGCUAGUUAGCCGGGGACAACUAGUCUGGUCAGUAGAGGACCUUGGAUAGGUGCCUAAAACAGGAUCUACUCUUGGAUGCUUAGUGAAGCUUGGUCUGUUGUUUACAAACUCUGUGUGGACUCCCCUCAUUGGGAGUUAGUUCAGGAUGGUUAGGCUUUACCUGACAGUCUCUGUAUUAAUUUCUUUUAACUGUUAGCUGUGUUAAUGUUGAGGUUAAGUAAAUGUUCUUCUAAAGGGUGGUUUGCAUGCGUUUCUUAAACUAGGCACAGUUAAUGCUGGAAAAGUUAGCAUUUCUUUGACAGGUUAGCUUGAACAGUGCUGGGAUAGAUAAUUUCUCUGGCAGUUGGCCUGCAGUAGUAGAUGUUGGCUUGACUAUAGUCAGUGCUGGAGCAGUCAGGUUAUACCUAAUGGGCACUUGGCUUUUAUCACUUACAGUCAGCCUUGAAUAUUUAAGACCGACAGUAAGGUCGCUUAAUUUAGCUUUUAUUUGAUAUUCAGCUUGCAUAAUGACCACUUACCCAACAGCACUUAGUGUUUCUUAGCCUCAGCCUAAAAACAGCUGAUGUUAGGAUGGAUACAAAUAAGUGUAACAGGCAGAUUUUUUUCAGCUUUUUAAUGGCAAACGUUGAUAAUCUGCCAGCCUUUGAAAUAAUGCAGUAGUUAUUUUUACCUCAAGAGUUUGCCUUAAUACACUGAUAUUUUUUUUUAUAUGUUCCUAAUGGUAUUUUUAUGAUUCAGGUUGAUGUAUAUAACUCUCUCUAACCCUCGGUCUCUUAUCUAGGACACCCCUCGGGGCCUCGCUUGAUGAUCAGAGUGCUUCUCCCAGCAGAGGUAAGUCAUAUUUUCCUGUCUUUGUCAUUUAUAGGUUACCGUGUAAGUACCCCAACCUGUUAGGACGCUGACACCACCUUCAUUGUGGGGACUUUGGUUUAUGACCAAAUACUCUGAACCCGCCUCACAACCUCUCUCAGAAUCUUGGUUCAUGUUAGUGGCCGUGUGUCUGAAACUGUGGAAACCUUUCCCUGAAAUUACAGAUCUAAAGACAUGUUACUGAAGGUAUUUCAUAACUGAGGCACUUUGUUUUAACUGUGUUUGUACCUGUGUGUGUGUGUGUCUGUGGGAACAGGGGCACCGAGGAACGGCUGCAGCUUCGAAGAUGACCUUUCACUGGGAGCUGAAGGUAAGUUCAAAGGAAAAACUCACAAUUCAAACAAGAUUACAGAUUUUGGCUCAUUGUUCACAGUUUCCCUCAAUUAUUCUGCUUAUUAUGUUUAAUAACUGACUCCACCAACUAAAAAUCCUGUCGCACUAUCAGUCAAUCGAAUUUUUUUCCUCUUGAAGUAUCAGUGUGCAGAGCUUGGGCAGAGUUGAAGUGUUAUGGUUUUUAAUGUAGAAGGGCUGACUAUUAUCCCCGUUAGGCUCUCUAUACCUCAGGUCAAACAAAAAUAGCCCAUGUCUUUAAAGAGGUGGCUGACCUCUGACCUUAAAAUUUCGUAAUUGUUUUUUUUGGAGAAGACUAAACUUGCAUGAGGAUAAUCUAAGAGUAAAAACAAGACAGUCCCCAAAGACAGUCCCAAGUGGCUCCAUGUCAAACAGCACUCAUGUCACACCAUAGGAAGGGGGCUUUAGAGACUCAUAGUAUUCAAAUAUGUUGGACCAGGAUUUGUCUAGUUUUUUACUCAUGAAGGUAAUUGAUCCCACAUUAUGGUUCCACAUAUUUAUCUGUCCAAAAAAAUAGAUGAUGUACUUGUGUAGAUUUUUUUUUGUACCAGUGGGUUUAGGCCAUACUGAACAGCGCAUUGAUGUCAGAUACACUUAUUUUAUUACCAAGAGGAAUCAUGUAGAAAUUGAAAGGAAAUGGUCCAAGCACCAAACCUUGUGGAACUCCAUGGCCAACUGUGGUGUGUGCAGAGGAUCUUGAUUAACAUCCACAAACUGAGAUCGAUCUGCUAAAUACAAUUAUAAUCAAGCCAAAACUGGUUCUGUAGUGCCAGUGGAUUGUUCUGGUCUCUGAAACAGGAUGUAAUGGUUAAUUAUCAGUCUGUAGCAAAGGGAGCUCAUGAACACAUGAUAUACAUAAGUGAUACAUUAAUCUUCGAAUAGAUCGUUACUGUACAGCAGUCAAAUAAAUGGCUAACUGUAAAGCUAGCACAUACAUUGCUAAGUUGACUCCUAUAUUAUUUAUGGCAUUCUGCAUAAUAAUAAAUUACAGUUUUGCUAUUCUAGCAGUUUGAGUAUUCAAAGUUUUGUUAAAGGCAUGGUUGACGAUCUGAGAAGCAGUUGAAAAAAACUGAGCCGUUGAGGCAGAUUUAAAAAAGCCCCCCGAACCUGAAUCGCCCUCCCCACGACACACCCCUCUGGCAAAGCAAGAAGACAGCCGGCAGAAGAUCCUACGCUAGCUUCAAAUAGGAUUCACAAUGUCGAAUUGCUUGUGACUAGCAGCAGUAAAUGUCAGCUCUGCUAGCGAGCGCCGUCUGCAGCUGCCUAGACAGCUACCGUGUUGACAUUGCAGAGACUAGUAAGAGUUAUUCAUGUAACAUGUGCCACCAUAAAAGACAGAAAUUACCCUUUCAACAAAAACUCUGCUGCCUCAGCGUCUGUUUUCUGGUCCAAAUCCUGGCGGCGCUUUCUCCACCGCUUGAAGGAUGACCUGAUGUUUAUUCGAGUUAGAUUCCUCGCUUGGUCACAUUUCCUCUUCGACUCUGCCCUUUCUUCUGUCGACUUGCGUUUUGUCCCCACUUUUGGCGGUGGGGCAAGCGGAAUCGUUUUUGUUUGUGUCCUUCUCCAUCACAGCUCCUGUAGCUAAGCUGCUAUUCUACUUUUAGCCGCUUAGAGGUCCGAGGAGGGCCGGGAGAGUGGGAGGGGACGAGUCGGAACUACGGGAGAGGUGUGUGUCGAAUAGAGUGAGGUGAUUGGAUGGAGAGGCGGGGCAGGAGAUUGACGAAUAGGAGCUAUCAGGGACGGAUGGCUACCGUUGGUCAAUGUUUUUGCAGCCCUGCACCUGCUAGGGUGAAGAGAUUUUUUCCACUUUUUUCCCUCUUCACUUUGUGGAGAUCGCACUAGGACCAUGAUCGCCUUAUAAAUGAGGUUUAUAAUAAUUACCAAUCUCUCCAAUCGUCAACCAAUGCUUAAUCACUCAGCAUCUAUACAUCAUACCGUUCAGAUAAAGGAGUGGGGCAUAUAUGAGUAAUCCUCUCAAACCAUUUUGAUAUUAUCAGAUGAAGCUAAUGCUAGCUACCAGCUACCCUAAGACCAAUCUAUAUAAAUUUAGUGGGAAAAAAACCCAAAAACUUUUGAUUGCGUUUUACUUUGAUUUAGGUAGCAAAUGCAGGUGUAGUGUGGAACAUGAGAAACUGCAGAUAGAGUAGUAAAAACAGUUGUUGGUAGCUAAUAUGUACUCUAAUAUUGAAAAAUUAAAGAGGACAUUGCAUAUUUUCUCACAUCUUGAAGGCCUGAACUUUAAUUGCUUUUUGGAAAGCAGGUUGUAAAAUUAUAUUGAAGACAGACUGCGCUCCUUCGAAAAAAGUUAUCUGUGAUCAAAUCUGGGAGUCUGUCCUACGAGCAUCAACUCAUUAGCAGCUAUUCAGUAUCGACUUCACAACACACACACAUAUGCAGCAUUCCCACAUGUCAGUGUUCACUGCUCCAACAUAAAGCCAUUACAGUCCAUUGUUAACUCAUAACACGUACACUUGCUUUCUAUCAAAGCCAUUACCGAUGUUUUCACAGCGGAUCAGAGGAAUGAUGAAAACACACACACACUCGGAGGACAUUCACUGAAGCGUGAAGUGUGUUUCCACGCCUGUGCGACUGUUGACUUUUCCCUCGUGAAGCAACAGGACUGAGGAAUGAAUGUGGGGCGUUAUGUUGAUUCUUACACCGGUGUGUUUGUUGGACACCUGUCCUUCAUUUACACACAUGUGAUCGGGGCUGGAGUAUUGUUUAUGGAAAGAGUUUUUACGGUAUGCACUCAGGGCUGAACAGCAGUUAUUUUUCCAUCAAAUUCAAAGGUGCUCUGAAAAUCUAAAGGGUCAAAUGAUGAGCAGCACUGAUUUGGUAGAGCUUAUCCACAAGCUGUCUCAGGUAGGCUGGCACCAGAAAGCUGUCAUUUAGUGCUACUGCUGCUGCCUCUACGGUGCAUAUUUUGCAUUUCAAGGUUUCAGCUCCAGUCUGCAGGCUCUCAGUGUGCUGUAACAAACAGUUUGUUUUGCUUACUUGAUAUUUAGUUACUUUAGUGUAGUAAGGGACACCAGUUUUGGUUGAUGCAAAGGCUGUUAGUCGUACUCUGGCGCUGAUUUGACAACACAACAGAGACUGUAUGACAAGCAGGCUCUUGGCUUGCCUCCAAAAGCUCUGGUGUUUGUUUGUUUGUUUAUUUUCUGUCUGAUGGGAGCGCACGACGUGCAGUUGUAGAUGUGUGAUUUUAGUGCUGUUUCUAAGAACAAACAACUAAGUGAUUAAUCCAUCUCCAAGUCUUUGAUUUUGAAAGCUUGUAUCCUGUCGUUGAGUAAUAAAUGACCCAGAUUAUGUCCUUAUUCAUGAAAGUCAUUUAGUAAACAUGGUGAUAUGAAUACUGUGCUUAUCCUGUGUAGUUAGUCAAUGGAAAUGCGUGUGAGAAAGCGAUCAAUCCACAGUAUCUCCCUUAAUACUGCUGCUGUGGGGACUGAUAUGGCAGUGGAGAUCUGUUAAUGAUCUGAUGUGAGGAGCUCACAGGUUGUGUUGCAUUGAUACCUGAUGUCCACGGAGAAACAGUUUAAAGUUGAGAUGAUGUAAAAAAAUGUAAAACUCUUGCAAGUAACUUUUAACAGAAGUGGAUUUUGGCGCCCCCUGUGGACAAAUGGUACAUGUACUGUCCCGUAAAAAUAGACAGUUUGAGCUCUUUUACCACUUGCAUUUUACCACAGGCGACAGAUCAAACAAAUUAUUCAGGCUUUCCAAGUUUUUCUAUGAUGUCCUUGUUACAUAAAGACUGAGGCUUGUGUCUCAACAUGAUUAAGAACCAGGUCUCUCACUUUUAAGCCUGGCAAUCGUUACCUUUUACUGCUCAUGAUUGCUAGAGCCUUACAGCAGGCAGUACAAUAACAUUAGGUCUUAAUUUUCCUAUUUCUAUGAUUGUGGGGUGUCAAAAUCAAAAAUUGAAAAUGAAAUCUGAUUAGACUGUACAGCCACAUUUCACUCUGUUGACACUUAAACUCCACAGUGAAAUCUUCUUAAUUGUAAGUCUGGAGACACAUUACUCUUUCUCUGUUCACAUAUUCCCUCACCCACCAAAACACUGUGAACCCCUGGGCAAUCUGAUGCAAUCCCAAAAACAACAGCUUCACGGCAAAAUUCAACUUUAGUGGAAUUUUACAUUUUUAGUUUCGGUUGACAUGAUAAGACACUGUGGUGGAAGAUGGUGGUUCACUGAGGUUUGUUUUAUUUGAAGGUGUUCCUAAUAUUCUGUCCUCCAUAACUUCACCAACAUCUACUGCAGCUUCAACAGUUAGCUUAAAGAGCAACUAUCACCUGUUUGAUUAUGUCAUUGGUUAAAAUAAUCCAUGCUGAGAGUGCUGGAUUGAGGUGGGACAUCAGACUUCUAGAAAAUUCUCUUUUUAACAGCGUAUAGUGUUUGUGUUUUUGUCUUCUAUAGAUUCCAGGUGUCUCCACAUUUUCUUUCAUACUUCAACACAAUGGUUUGAACCUUGGUGGCUUUUCUCCUUUUGGCUUGAUUGAAGAGUAAAACCAAAAUAGCCUCUUAGUGAAAUUGGCUAUGUCUACCCCCUAGUAUCAGAGUAAAUCUCCUCUGUUAUGUCUUGACAGUAAGUACUGUUCUCAUGCUUUAAAUGACAUUUGUCAGCAGCGGCUAACGCCCUUUGUGCUGCAGGGGACUUUUGAGUUGUCAUGUUUGAACAGAUCCUAAUGGGCUGUAAUGAUUUCAGACAUUAUCAGAGGAGGAUCGCAGGGAUUAAGGUGUUAAUGUGUGAAUCGAGAGGAAGUGAAUUAGUAAAUGAAAGGUUUUGGUUUCAAUGGGAAGGAAGUAAGGCAGUGAAUUAGAGUCAGGAGGCGAGUUGCUGCCACUUUAAGGGCUUUUUAAUCCGGUUUUCCAUCACUGGAUAAAAACUCUUUAGAUUCAGUGAAAGAAGGAGAAAUCUGGUUUCAGUGACAAGUAAAAAAGAGGGAGACAUUCAGACAGACGUUGGCAGGAUGACAGGUCCCAACAGGUUCCUUUAAACUGGUAAAGAAAACACAAGUCACACCUGCAGCUUUUGAUGAGUUUCAAUCCUCUGACACACUGACAGUUGACUUUUUUAGUUUCAUGGGAAUAAGCCAGAAUAGCAGCAAACAAAUGCCCGAAACACUUGGGGAAUUUUUGAAUAUGAUGACAAAAGUCAGGUCACUGUAAAGAUGCACAAAUACGCAAAACUAUUCCUAAAAUUUUACUUUUAGCAAAGGAAAAUAAAAGAUGAGUACUGUCUUUUUAAUACAUAGCUUUCUUUUCACACCAGUCUGUGUUUGACUCUCAAGGUCACAGGCAGCAUCUGAAAUCAGUAUUGCUAGGCUGUGAUCGGACAUUUGUAGUUUUGGGGGCAGGGUGUGUGAACAUUCAUAUUAACGUGAUUAUUUGAUAGAAAAGGUAAAAGGUUGGCUUAGGCUUGAGGGGAACUUGUGAUCAGUAUUUUCACAGCGCUCAACUAAUGUUUCUGAAAUGGUAAUUCAUGUGGACUGAUAUACUGCCGUCUUUCACUUUAACUUAAGCCAAAAAAAUAAAUGCAAGUAAACCAUAUUUUCCUUGUUUUUCUUUGCAGCUAACCACCUUCAGUCCAGUAACAGUAAAGCUGAAUCCUGGUGAGUUCCCUUCUCAUUUCAUUGAAUAAAAUCACAACAUUUGGUUACGGCUGCUUGAUAACUCUGUUUCACCUUUCCACUUUAUGUUUUUUUUUUGUUUUGUUUUGUUUUUCUCUGCACUUCUGGUAAUGUGCUUGUGUACAUGUGUGUGUGCGUGCGUGUAGUUUUGGUCUUGUGGCGGAUCAGAAGAGGAGUCAGUUUAAAGAGAGAGGAAGAAGUAUGAACUCCACAGGAUCAGGGAAGAGCAGCACUGUGUCCAGGUCAGUGCACCUCCUCAGAGCUAACUGGAACUGUGGAGGUUUCUGCAGAAAGUGGAGUUGUGAUCUCAGGUGUUAGGGGCGGGGAUUCAGACGCCAGAUGAUUGACUUCAAACCAAAGAAAUAACACUUCCUUGAACUUUGUGGUAUUAACAAGAAACUAACAGUCAUGCUAUUUUUGUCUUAAAGGUAUGUAGAGCAGAGGUUACAAACCAAGUGGUGCUCAUGUGAAAACUAAUUGGCCUGUUACAAAUUUGGAAACACAUAAUAAAGUUACACAAAAUUAAGAUUAUUUUACACAAUUUUACUUCAAAAAUCUUUCAGUUUAUAAUCCAAAAUAUUUCAUUCGAUAAACUGUCUUUUAUCUUGUAAGUUUUGUCGCUUAGCUCAUGUAAUUUUUAUCUUUAUAUGAAACUGUUCGGACCCAAAAUAUAGAAAAUUUUAAGGGUCAAAUAAUCAAACCUUGCACUUCUGUUGUUGCAGUGCUGCUGUGACAUUUGAUAAAAAUGGACAUUUCCGUUGUGUAAUAAACAAAGAAUUUGUCCAUAUAAAAUAACUCUCUGAAGUGAUGCCAGUAUCAAGUAAAAAAAAACCUGGUCAAAUCUUUUAAGAAGCUAUUAGCUUGAAUGGAUUUAGGCGCCCCCUGUGGCCGAGGUAUGUAAUUUCUUUUGAUUCGGCAAUCUCCAAUAGACUGAAAUGUAUCCUGUUCUAGUUUCGAUUUCAAUCUAGUUCCUUACUAAAGUAGGACAACAGAAAGACAGAGUAUCUGAUCCUGGAACGCAAAAAUGUGAAGAGCCAAAUGUGGAUGAUUCACAUUUUUGUGCACUCAGGCCUCACUGUUGGUGUCUUCUGGUGUGCUUAUGCUCUGGGUGAAAAAGAUCAGGAACUGGUCUCUAGGCUGAGGCGGGACACUUACUAACAUCUGUACCUCACUAACUUGAUAAUUCCUCAAUUACAGACUAACCCAUUGAAAGUGAGGUGUGUUUGAAGAACUAACUGGCUGUCUGUCUGUAUUUUUUGUAGUGUUUUCACGGCGUUGAGCUGUCAUGGGUGUGGAGCAGAUCCUCCUUAAACUGCACAUAGACUGACUGAAUUAACUAGCAGACUGAUUCACCAGCUAACUGAACAUCUGUGUUUGUGUUCACAGUGUGUCAGAGCUGCUGGACCUGUAUGAAGAGGACCCUGAGGAAAUCCUUUUAAAUCUUGGUUUUGGUCGAGAAGAACCAGAUCUAGGCUCAAGGGUUCCUGCCAGGUUCUUCAACAGCUCUUCCAUAGCGCGAGGCAUCGACAUCAAGGUAUUCAAAACAACAACAAUGUGAUAAUUCAUAAAAUCAAUGCAAAUGAUAAGUGGCUUCAAUGUUAUCAGGUUAGCUGUUGAACAGUUAAAGAUCAUUAUUUUUCAAAAGUUAUUUUUCCUGUUUUGCAGUUUAUAAAGUCAUUCUUUGAGUACAUUUGAGGAUAUACAUGAUUCAUGUAUGUCUGAAUUUUAAACUUGACAGAAUAUUGAGACAUUUUGUAUCUACAGAUAGCACCACAAAAAAGUGUCAGGAGACCAUAAAAGACUUUAGGUUUUAUCCUCUGAGGACCAUCAAUACUUGGAAAGUCUAUGAGAUUUUUGUCGAAGAGCUUACCUGUUGUCAGAAUGGCUCAAAAACGAAACCUCCCCUCAAAAUAUGUCUGUAGUUGUGUAAAUGAGUUAAAAUGAACUCAGUAUAUCUGAGUUAGUAAAUCACUGAUAUAUGUUGACAUCACUUCCUGUGGUCCACCUGCAGGUCUAUUUGGGAGCUCAGCUGCAACGCAUGGAGCUGGAGAACCCCAACUACGCUCUUACGAGUGAGUACUCUUUAAUGCGAUGACUGCUUGAAUCUCAAGGUCUGCUACUGUGAGUCUGUUUAUCAUUAAAAUGGAGCUGUGUUGAUCGAGGCGAGACGUCCUAUCAAGUGUCUGCAAGGUGUCCUGCUGAGGACUUGCUGCUCAGAUCAUGUCUUCUACAAAGCCUUAAAGGUUAUGGAUAUUCAAGUUUUAUUUUAAAGCUUCCAUGAGGGACUUUUGGUGUGUAUUGAGAUUGGCGCCCCCCUGUGGGUAAAGCAGUCUUUGCUUACCUCGCACUUGUUUCAGGCUUAAAAAAUUACAAAACUUAAUCAGUCUUGUCGGUAAUGGUUUGUUUGCUUUUGUAUAACAUAAAAAGGCAUCAAUAUGAAUUUAAGUGUAUUUCAUAAACAUAAAAAAAUCUCACAGGAGCUUUAAAAGCAGUUGGACUCGGUUGAAGAUGUUAACUUGAGGCGACUAAAACUGCCUCAGCUGAGAAAGGGUUAACCACAUCAGCAUUGAGAAGCUAAAAGGUUCAUGUCCUGAAACUAUAGACAGAGGAAAUAGAGCUCAAAGGCGAUGUGUGUGUGAGUGUGUGUGUGUGUCCUGUUCCCAGUACUUUUAUGGUGUUUUGUGGGGUCCUCUUGCUCUUCGAGCUGUUCAGCCAACUGCCCGGACAACACGACCAGCAAGGACAAAGAUCUGUUUGUCCCAGACACACACACACACACACACACACACACACUCUCUCUCUCUCUCUCUCUUGCGUGCACGCAGACACACACACUCAGACCUGCUCUGCUAACAUCCUGGCCUCUUUUUGUUUUCUAACUUGUGUUUGCAUGAAGCUACUGGCUGCCUAAUUGAACACACCGACACACUGACACACACACACUCACACAUAUAGAUUACAUACACAUGGUUGCUUCUCAUCUUCUCUAGAGUUUAACCAUCUUUGUGCUGUGAAAGGAAGCUUGGAUUAAAUAUGUUCAGUAUUUAGAAAAUAUUUACUCCAAAACCGAAAGUACUUCAAGUAUGCAGUGGUUCAAAUUUUUACUCCUUGUUUGCUGUUUGACCAGUUUCAAACUCAUCACUAGUCCCAGUUUGUUUGAGGUAAACGAAAGCAUUGUUUAUCAGUGCUGCCUGGAUAUUUACACUUUGACUGAGGUGUAGUAUAAUGAUUAUUUUGGAAUAGGAUUAAUAUUACCAUUCUUUUGAUCAGAAAGGCUGAAGUUAUUCAGUUAACGUGAUUGUAGUAAUUGCCUUUGUGCACAGGUUUUUGAUAUCCUCUGCUGGCUUCCUUUUUUAUAUCUUGCUUACAGCUGAUACUGCAGGCUGCAGUCAAUACAUGGAAACAUCCGCUCAGGAUCCCAGUCAAACAUUUACCAAAGCUGGAAAUACACAUGUACAUUUGAGGAGGUCAUUUGACCUGACAUCACUUCAUUCACUAUAGAUUACAGAUUAACAGACAGUCUUUGGAAAAUGUAACUUUCAAUUUGAAUACGCACAGAGAUUAUGUUCUGUGAUACUUCCCUUAUAAGAGGUCCUCAAUUCAUCAUUCAUAAAAUUUGCUACUUAAGGAAAAAAUGUUUGCCUUUAUUUAGUUUUAAUUCUGUUUAGUCCCACAGAGUCUAUUUGAUUAAACAAACAGAUCAAACAUGAAAACUACAAGGAGUUAUGUUCAGAUCUGCUCACAUCUUGAAGGAAUGUAAAAUAAUAAAAGCACCUUCAUCAAUACAGAGGAUUUAAAAAAAUCUUUUUUCAUUUUUAUUUGAACAAAAGUAUUUAUACAUAUAUAUAUAUAUAUAUAUAUAUAUAUACACACACGUAUAAUAAUAAUAAUUUUAUUUGUAAUCACCUCUCUUGACACUCAAGAUCAAUUAACAGAUAACACUAGUACAAUAAAGAUAAAACCAAACACAGUCUAAAAUGGGACAAAGUAAUUUUGAUACAUUUUCAUAUUUUAAGUCUUUUACAUAAACAUAGAUAUUUAUGUAUUCAGAUAUUUACCCAUAUUUAAGUAUAUACAUACCCAUUUUGUAUAUAUAUAACUCCAUAAAUCCACAUUUAUAUUUAAUAUUUAUAUGUUUACCAUAUUUAUAUUUGCCUUUUUAUUUUGUACAUUAAAGUUCCAACAACUGUAUCAGAAAAUGUACCAAGGCUCUAUGAUUUAAUGUUGACUUUACUUUUUGUUGCACUUUAAUGAGCCUUUUUCAUGCUCAGGUCAUUGUACUAUGUGUGCAAUAUGUAACUUUUCUCCGCUUUGUUGUAACAUUUCACACAAAGACUUUUUGUAUUGACACACAUUUUGAAAAGCCAGUCAGACAGCUGUUAUCUCAGUGUUAUAUACCAGGGCAAACACACUGGAACCUGUUACCAGUCCUGUUGUAUAAUGCAGUAUCAGGUGACCACCGAGCUGUUUGGAUGAGCUGCUUUAAUUAGAAUGGCUAUGUAAAUAUUGCUGGAUGUUUGUCAGGUGGUGGCAGACGAAUGUGCGUUAUUUUCCAUGACCUAUAGCGGUCCUUCGCACUGUGAGUUAAUAAUUUGGGAUGCAGGCCAGAAAUUUGACUAAAAUGCCGAUAAAGGUGAGAGCCAAGGAAAGAAAAUGUGUAUCAAACCAGUAAGAUGUAAAAUCUACAAUUUAACUACAGCAGUAGUAAAAGAUGUGAGUUCAUUAAAUAUUAUUCAAGUUCUUUUGAUCAUGUCUGCCUAGACUCUCGCUUGCCUGCAGAAACUUGGAUUUGGGAAAGUAUGGCCUCCGUUCCUGCAUUAGUUUCUUGCAGAGCUCAGGGCCAUAAUGUUUUUUUUCUACGAGAACUUGGAUGUUUUAGAGCAGGAGUACACGCUAUUGUCGUUUAAUAGACUGACUCCAUUUUAAAUCAUGCAUUCACUAAGAUGUUGUCUGAUGCUAGCCCCACUGAUAUUAGAGUAUAAAUAUAAAGGAUUCCUGGCGUAAGAUACAGCUGCAUGUUUGUGUUUUAUAUGAAUUUUAAAAAAAAUGACACUGUCAGUGAUUUACUCUGUGUGGUAAAUUAGUUGGAUCCUGAUGAUGUAACUUCUGGUUGAAAACUGCUUACUAACUCCAGGGAGAUCAGAUCUGAUCAGAUCUUUUUUUUACGCAGACUGCUCCUUUAACAGUCUUUGGUGUGCCUGUUGUUCCUGGAAGCUUUUUCCUUUUCCAGAACAUUCUCAUACUGUUCCAUCGGUUCCCUGGAUCCCAGACACACGUGUGUGUGUGUGUGUGUGUGUGUGUGUGUGUGUGUGUGUGUUGUUUGUUAUGUAAGCUCUGUUCUCACCAUCAGAAAGAAUCUCUUGGGAUGAAAAGAGAGAAAAAACAAGAGCGUACGUGUCGUUUUCUCUUAUUCCUCACUUCCUGUAUUGGGAUCCUCAGAAUGAACAUUAGUGCAGACUCAGCAGUCAGCAGGAAACACACACUCACACACACAGUAUUACUAUCAUUGCACACUGCAGCUGUAAUAAGAGGUUCAUAUUCUGAAGUCAGAUCCAGAUGUGACUGAAAUAACUCAGCUGUAUGUCUGUGUGGUUCAGAGCUUUGGCAAGAUCAUUUGUUUACUAUGUGUGGAAACUUGAGGGUCAUUAUUUAUUCAUAGCUUCUUUUACGAUAUUUGCCACUCAUUUUAUAAUUGCAUUAAUUAUUUGGGUCUUUUUUGACCUCAGGUUUAAAAAAAAGUCUCGAAAUUUACUGACAGUGAAGAAAAAUAAUGACACUGGAUCUUGCACACCCUCCGUUUUCCCGUGCUUUGUCUCCACUCACUUCUUAGAAUGAGACCCUACUUCCUGGAAGUUCAACGCUCCUUUUUUUUCUCAGCUAGUUGCUAACUUAGCCUGAAAAUACCUAGAAAAAGCUCAAUGCAGUUAUGGAAUUAGUUUAAUGUGAGGAGUCAGACUGAGUGAGGGAGUAAACAGGUUUUCAGCCAAACUAAAUUGCUUAUGAGGGGCUGCCAAGCUGCAAUGACUCAGCAUAUUUUACUUAAGGUUUGAGAUGUGUUGAAGUCACUCAUUUCUGUCAUCUCAAAGGAAAUUUAAAACCUGUCCAACUCAAUAGCCUUCACUAAAGAAAACAGGGGAUUAUUUUCGACAGUGUGCUGGAGUUGGCUGGCGAAUUUGGAUGGACUGCUUUAUUUCCUUUACACCUGUCAUGGGAAAUAAGUGUAACUGUAAAAUUUGAAAUAAAAUGUGCUUUAUGUGCAAAGAGUACUACAAACAGUCUUUUACAACCCCAAACUGAUAAAAACGUGGAUGUGGCCUCAGUGGUGUCACCAGCAGACACCAUGUUGGAAACACUGAUUCAACCAAACUUGAUCCACCAACAGACAAAAGAGCAGAGUUGAGGCAGGUCGGAAGCGUCUCGUCUAACAUCUACAGUUCACACCUGUCAGUCAAGUUAGCUGGGCCUCUAGUAAUGCAAAAUGUCUGGCUUUUUUGAAUGGGUGUGUAUGUGUCCUCUGGUGCUUUUUCAGCAAACCUCAAGUGGACACUAAAGGAACUGCAGUUUGUAGUACCAAUGCAUUCACUUUAUUUCUCAAGAGGAGAGGUUGCGAAACAGUUUUUGACAUAAAUCCUGCCUUUGGCCACCUGGGGUGCCUCGGCUUUGCAACCCUUGGCUGUAUCUCUAGACACACCCCUGUGACUAAGAUAGGGGGCACUUUUUGAUCCAGCUGUGGCAGUCAAGGGCUGAUAAGUCAAAAUACCAGUGUAGUUUUGUGUUUCCUCUCAGCUGUGAGGUCAAACAAAAGAAGAAAACACCAACCAGCAACCUCUCUUCUACUUUGAUUUCUUUUGAGGAUAGUAAGAUUUGGCGUGCCCUUAUUUUCCACUAAUAUCCCGAUUUUAGAUUAUUUUUGCUUUUAUCUCACAUUUAUCAUCCUUUUCCCCACUCCGUCUGGCUUUAAUACUCUUAGUUACCUCGUGUAGUGUACCUAUUUUUGCUCUUUUCUCCCAUGAUGGUGACUGCCGGUGUUUACAUAAGUCCUCUGCGGUUACACUGAAGAUACAGAAGUUUUCUUUCAUCCAGGAGAGAUUUUUCCAUCAAAGAUAAGAUCAGAAAGAGAAUCCUUUAUCAUCUGAGAGACACCACUGAAAUUUGAGAGCGCAGACCUCUGCUGUAUUUAAGGUGAUGACAUCAGCACGAGUUAUGAGGCUUUAACAGCGUGACGGACAAAAGGCAGAAGUGUGUGUGUUUCAUAACAGUCUGACAAGUAUUUAGACAGCGAGGGAUGGAGAGAUGAAGGAGAGGAGAGGAGGGGUGCGGAAGGAAGGAAUGUAUGCAAGUCAUCAUCCUGUUAGAGGAGAGACUGACAGCUGGACUUACACAACCACAGAAGAAGAAGGAGAGGGACAGGAGGAGGAGGAGCUGCCCUGACGUCUGAGCCCAAAUUCAGUAUGAAGUUUUUAAAUUCUGCAGAAAGUUAUGGAACCCCAGGGUCUUACUUUUAUUCAAGAAGUGUAAGAAUGAGCUCAGGGUUUAUCCCACUACAGUUAAUAGUUCAUUUUUAUGAAUCAGGUUUAGUUUAUCGUCAUUCUUGAGCUGUGAGAUUUAUUUUCACUGCAUGUUAAAGCUCUUGUGAGGAGUUUUUAGCUGGUCAUGAAAUAAUUACUGAUGCCUCUAAAUGAUCUGUAAAAGCAAAGCAGAGCAUGAGACAUAAUACUGAAAGUUUCUGUUUAGACUUUUUAAUGUCUCUCAGCACUGCUGCUUGGUUAGUGUCGGAAGGGGUGUUAAAGAGCUCUUUGUUGAUGUUUUCCUCUGCAGCGAUUAAUAGAGUGAUUGGUUUAAUUGUUAAAAAAAAACAGCAGAAGUUUUUUAUUUUUAUUUUUAUGCAUGUACAAGGCAGCAGUGUAAAAACUGACUAAUGCUCCUCACAGGAGCUUUAAUGUUCAGUCAAAUUUCAUAAAUAUCCCCAUUUAUUAAGACUUGUGCAACUGUACAAGGCAUCCAACACUAUUUAGUAUUUAAUUGUUUGAUGCAAGACGGAUAAGAAGUGUGCUGAAGGGCAUUUUUACCAUUUGAAUGUUAUAUAUUCUUGAUAAAUUUCUAUUAGACAAGUCCCUGAAACUGUCUUUACAUUAAGUAAAUACAUCUUAAAUACAUAUUUGUCUCUUUGAUUCAAUGAAUCGGCAUUAUCCACAAAAUGAUUAAACUGAAGAUGUAAAUCAGCAGAUUUUUUUAAUGUAUUUUCAUGUUGUGCCUCGCAUCUUAAGUGGGAGACAUGUCUGGACUGAAGACAGGCCAGUCUGGUACCCACACUCUUUUACCAGUUUAUUCAUUUAAACAUCAAAUAUCUCAUCUUUGUAGCAUAUUUAAUUGAUUAUAGAUUAAAGAGGAUUUGCAAAUCAUUGUAUUCUGGUUUUGUAUUCAACUUAACUGGAGUUAGGGUUUGUAGUUUAGAUGCAGCCCCUGUAUAGAGAUACUAUUUAGUGCUCAUUGCAGACCCAAACAGCCAUGACCCUUGACUGCAUUUCACUCCCUACUUUUCACUCCCUACUCAUUAAGUACUAUCUUAAAAGGAAGAAAUGCCGAAGACAACUCAUGAAAAAGAAACCAGACACAAUUUUUGCCCUGUUUUGGAAUAAAUGCAAAUAACACUCGAAAAAAUGACUUAAAGUAAUAAGUAGGACCACUCUGGAGAUAAGGAGUGACUUUGAAUUCAGCUUUUGUUUAGUUAGGGGACAGAGCUUCCUAAAUCGGUAAAAAAUGAGCUUAAACCUUAUACGUGAGGCUCAUUUUGGUUUUUAGAACAUCUUCAUCCUCAUAAGGCUGAAAAGGAGACUGAAAGGUCUUGUAUUCUGGAGGUUUGAAAAUAGGCAGAGUCACCAGGAAACAUGCAGUAACAGAGAUAACAGAGAUGUGUUUGUGGAGACUCUGAAAAUGUUCAGACCCUUAUGAACCAAAAGUAAAGCUCUUUAUAGGUUUCACAAAUUGCUUUUAGACAGAUGCUUCUCCUUUCUUUGUCAUAUGAUUUGAUUUCUUGAUAGUUGCUAGGUUUCAGAUCAAGAAAAGCCUUUUUUCUGGUCUUGUAUGAUGCAAAUAAGUGCGAAAAAAUAGGUAUGCCUCUCCUGAGUGCGUCAUCAGGAGCACAUUUAUAUCCCGUCUUCCCCACAUUUUCCUCUCUUUCUUGAUUCUCUCUCCAUGCCUGCUCAGAGAAGCCUUUUGAAACCAUUAUUUUUGGUUUUGUUUGUCCCCCUCAGGCCGUUUCCGUCAGAUCGAGGUCUUAACAACAGUCGCCAACGAGUUCUUCCAGCUCUACAGUCAGGUUUCCGGUCAGCCUGUCCAACGCAUCAGCUCCAAGGACCAAGGUAACCACUGAAGCUGCACCAGAGGGUUUUUGAUUAUUCAGACCUAAGGAACAGCUUAUGUGGGGUCAGGAAAACAUAAUAGAGUUAAAUUUUAUUGAAAUUUGGUGAAUUUGAGUCACCAAUGUUUGAUAGUUUUUAGAUCCAUCAGUUCUCUUACUUAGACUCGGUGGGCUCAGUUUCUGGGAAUUUUGAGUCAGGUUUUGUGAAAACAGUUCCUUUAAAAGUUGAUCAUUUUUUCUCUCUUUCAAAGGUAAAAAUAAAUGUUUGAGUUAAUAAAAUUUUGUUAUGAGACAAAUUUUCAGUUCUUACGUCAAAAUCAAGUUCAAAGCAAAAGCUUGUCUCCCCUUAUUUGAAGUGAAUCAUGUCACAAGUUUGGUUUUGUGGCAUUUUUUUAUUCAAUGAAUUUCAUUUUUCCUCAGAAAUUCAGAAAUGUUUGCCUUAACUUUGGUUGAAGGUCUGAGGUGCAUCUUUUCAUUUAAAUUCUUUUUCCUUGCUCUCAGGAGGAGAAGCAGGAGAUCCGGGUGGAGAUGAUUCUCCUCCUCCUCUGAAAAAGACCAACUCGGCGAGGAACAUGGCCAAACUCCUGAAGAGAACCAUCACCAAACACAACCUGCACGCCGCCACCUCUGAGUCGCCUGAGACACAAGCACCUGACCAGCACGCCCAGCAGAACGGACUCACGCCGUCUGAUCAUACGCACAUAAACGGCCACACACACACAGGAUCAGAACAGGAGGGCUGCAGUUCUGACACCGACCACCAGGCGGACACGAUGAACCAGAAACACAACCGCAAGAAAGAUGGUCGUUCCCUGGCGACGGUUACCGAGGAAACAAACGGGGAUGGAGAGACAGAUGAGAGGUAUUUAAACUACACCUGUGACAGUAACUUUAUUUCAACUGUAGCUCAUAGAAGAAACAGUAAAUAUGUAAAAGUAUCACUCAAAAACAAAACACGGAUUGAUCCUUUAACAUACGUAUUUGCUGCCAGCUAAUGAUACAAACUCCCUGAUUAAACUGAUGUAAACUGCCCGUAAUGUGAGACAGGAUUCAGUGUGAGUGAGAUUAUUUACAUAAACAUGGCUGCCAUAACAUCAACACUGUUGUAGUGUGUACUCUGAUAACAGUUUUAUCGUUUAUUGAAGCUUUUGCUGUCAGUGUUUUUAUCAUUGUUGGUUCACUCACCACAGAAAAACAGCGAUGCCUAUGAAAACUUGAAUUUUGUUAUCUCGACUUAAUCGAAGAAAUCCCUUCUCAGGAACUGGCUGAACAUCAGAGAUGCUCCCAAUUUCACAUGUCAAAGUUUAAUCAGAUUAAACUCUGUGCAAAAUAAAGGAGGCCAGCCAAUUUAUACUAACAUUAUGUAAUCAAGAGGGAGCAGAUUUAGUCUAACCCCACUCCAUCAUCUCUCCUCCUGUCAGUCCUGAACAGAGCAGCUCUGAGCCAGCAGCUGAUGGGAAGAAUCAACCCGAUAACGAGAAGAACCUGACGUCAACACCUGAAAAAGCUCCUCCCACCUUGGCUCCGCCCCAGCUGGCUCAGCUUCGCAAUGAAAACGCUGACUCCUUCGACAUGGAGGAGGUAUCAUAUCCCACCAUUAUGUCUUUGUUUUCUUCACACUUAGGUUUGGUGUGGUCAGGACCCUCCUGACACAUGUACCUUCCAAAUAAAUGAGGUUUAAUUUUCUCAUGGGAUGCAGCAUCAAACUAUAAACAAAAUUACAACUUAACUUAACAGGUGAAGUCUAAAGAUGGAGAGCUUAGUUUUAGGAAGUUAUCUGAUAAAAAAAGAAGUUCAUCUUGGUCUCACUUUAAGCUACUGUGAGGAACUUCAUGUCUGUGCUGAGUUUCCAAAGCAGUGACCCUGAAGAGACACUCAGGUCGUCAUUUACAGCGAAAUGUAUCACUUACAGUUAGUGUAUGCCAUGGAAGAAGUAACAAAGGCAAAUCUACUCUCUCGCAGCAGUUAAAAGCAUCUUUCUACUUUCAUAUAAAGGUAGUACUUUAGGAUAUUUUACAUCAGUAGGACUGAGACAGCAGAAACUGGCUUUAAACAAACCUGAACAUGACUGCUUUAGGGUGCACUCAGUUUGGAUUUAAUUGACCUGCCUGACACAGGUGAAAUAUACCUAUACACAAUCAAUAAAGCAGACAUUUCCACAGAUAGGCUUUAUUAAUUCAAGCUCCUGUGAGGACUUUUAUAGACCGAAAUGAACAGCAAUGCAUCUCAAUGGUGUAUGAAAGCAGAUGAAACUAUCAAUGACAAGUCUGUAACUGCAAAAAACAACAGGGGGAGGGGGUUUUAUCAAAUAACACCAUGUUCACAAGGACAAGACAAAUCAGCGAUGAUGUAGGAGUCACCUCUUUGAGUCAUCACAGACUGAGAGUUCCUCACAGGAGCUUUAAUUUUGAUUAAACUAAAUUUGGUUAUGUUCUUUUGGACUAAUCUGUUAGUUGAAUUUUUGGUACGUAUUUUAUUUUGUGUAAAUACGAUUUCUUUUAUCAGUUCUUAUUUCUUUCUUUUAAAAUUCACCUUUUUUCACUCAGAUUCAGAGUAAUGAAGAUGAAGUUCUGCCAUCCAGAUCUUCUAGAGGAAGUGGUAAGUUCAGUUUUUUUACUCAAGAUCUCAUGUGUCUGCCUUUAUUCUGUGAUUCCACUAGUGUAACUCACCAUUAAAAAUUGUGUAUCAUUGUUUGAAGUCUAAGCGAUGGCUUUAAUGCAUAUCCCUCCUUUUUUACUUUUUGAAACCUGGAUUGUUUACAUUUGCGUUGCUCCACUCACUCCUGACACGAGGAGGUUUGCCUCCGGGGCUUUCUGCCAGAAAGUCGUCUCUUUCAUGUGAGGAAACGAAAGGUCAAUGUUGACAUUUUGCUGUAGCUUUUACUAUUUUCUUCUUCUUAACCUUAGUGACUCAUUUAUGUGUCAACCUGCGGCAAAUAGCUCAGCUCUCCAGGGGGAAAACUUCCUGCGUGUGUCUUUUGUCGCUGUGUCUCUGCAAAACAUUUACCCAUCACUCUUGUGAAUUAGUUGUUUGUAAGCUAGUGAAACUUUUUGGUCUGUUUUGAUGAUUUUUAUGCACUAAUAUUGCUCUGAUUUGUGAGAGAACGUAGAGCAACAUGAAGAUUAAAGUUAUUGUAACAUGUCUCUGGUAUUGGAGCAUUAAUCAGAGUGAAAAACGUUCUCGCAGCCUGCCAAAGAUAAAAAUAACUUAGUUAAAACAAGUCCAAAAUGCACUCUGAUAGUCGCCUCGGUUUGCUCUACUUUUCUCCUUCCGGAUAAAUCUCUUCUGUUUUAUUUGUUGAUAAUUCUGAGGGCUUUAAGAGUAUGAAUAUAAACGCUCCUUUUCUUUGUUUAUAUGAUUUAAUAUAUGCAGCCAGUGUCUGUAUGCAAUAAAGGAUGUUUCCUGUGUCUCAGCUCACUCAGUCAGAACAGACUGUCCUGUCUCUUCAUGCCUCUGCUUUACUCUCACCAUAACUGAUUCUACUCCGCCACCAUCUGGACGGUGGAGACGCUGCAGGAGAAAUCCCUAAAACAUCUGUCUCUCUCUGUUUCUCAGACCUGUUGAGGACGGUCAGCCAGCAGUCUGACAGCAGUGGUUUUGCCGAGGAGCCCUCUGCCGACUCCAACAGCUACCUCAAGGUCUGUUUGUGUUUUCAGUUUGAAGUCUUACUCACCUGCUAUGUCUCACUCCAGGUCACAAACUUUGACCUUUUAGGUUAUUUGAAGCGGCUCAUAUGACUCCAUUAGGAGCCUUAUCUCACCCUGAAGGGAAACAUCCUGCACAUAAAUCACAUGUGAACUUUAAGUAUAUUACUUUAUGGAGUGUAAUAAAACCGUAUAAGGUAUUGUGGAACAGACAGAGCCACCCCAGCUGCUGCAGGUUCUCAUAUGUCUGAUGGAAGAAGGGUUAUACUCAUAAACCUUUAAGAAACACUCCUGAGUGAGGAGGACACGGGGAUGUGAGUGAUAUUAUACUACAAGGAAGAAGAAAGAGGAGAUGAGUCUGUUAGUUUCCCUUUAUGUGGGGUCUAUUUUCAGAAUCAGAGCAAACAUCACUUUUAUGACCUGUAAUGCAACGUAUAUUUCAUCAUUUAAUUUCAUAUACUUCAUUGUCCCAGUGGGGAAAUUUGACGUGGACUCUCUGAUGGUUCUGCAGUCGUAAGAGGAACAGUAACAUUUACAAACACACCACAGUCACAACCUGUCAGCAUCACAUUCAAACGGCCCUAUUGCACAGUUCCAGUGAAUAAAUAAAGGACAGUGUAAAAGACAGUUAAGAGAGAAGUCGCAACUACAUCUGUGCAUUCAGGAUCUUAACAGAUGUUGGGAUAAAAGAGUGUUUAAAACGGUUAAGCCUAACGGUUUUCCCACAUCUGAAUUUAUGGUUUUUAAAUCUGUUGGUGUACUAGUCUAAAAGUUAAACCACCAGACUUAAAAGACAUGCCAGUGUUGGUUUGGCGGUUUAUUACCUGCUGUUACUAGCAGGCAGCAACAGACUUAAUGAAAAAGACUUUAAUGGAGGAAAAAAUACGCAAGAAAAUGAAGAUCACCUGUCAUAUUUAUGAUAUCUGUUAGCCCCAUAGAUGUUUUAUCCUAUUUUCAACAUCACAAAUUGGAGUUUGUCCACCAUGAAGACCAGACUACUGGUUGAUAUAUCUUUGCAAGCGCAGGUUUGUCUCAGUCCUCCAUGCAGACUUAAAAAAAAAACUGAUGUCUGUGCUGGUAAUGCACUGUUUUGCUCAACUGGUAAUAUGCCAAUUUGACCAGACACAGCAUACGUAUUACUUUGUCUCCAACUUUAGACCAAAAUACUGCCUAAAAGUGUCAAACUAUCAUCUUUUUUUGUUUACACUUGAAUGGAGUGUUGUAGCAUUUUAGUAGCAGCUCUGACUAGUGGCUGAGACAAAACAUUUGAUCGACAUAUUGGCCCAGAGUGAUAAAAAUUGGAUCCUUUGUACUGACUGUUAAUACUGGUGCCGACAAGCAAAGCAGACAAGUUUUAAUUGUUCAGUGGACUUAACACGCCUGUCUCCAGAGUCAGUUCCACUAGAUUUCUCACACUUUCAGAGGAUAACUUAAAAGUACAGUAAAUGUUUGCAAUACAAUGCAUUUAUUUUUUUUUUUAUCAAAUUUUGAGCUUUUAUCAGAGAUGGUAGGAUAGUAGAUGGAUGAGGGAAGAAAUAGGUAGAAAGCACAGAGUGACAAACCAGAGAGAAGCAGCAGGCUGGAAUCAAACCUAUUAAUCGCUGUUUUUGUAUUCAGGUGCAAGAGAGUAGUGACAGCUGUGACAGCGAGACCACUGUGACAUCCCAUCCUUCACAAGAUGUACCCACGCCCCGCGCACUGGACCACCCAGCCUUCAUUCUUCCAGAUGCCAAAGAGGAAGAGGCGGGGCCUGAAGGUGCGUCUGAGACUGAUGGGAGGAGUAGCUCCAGGGAAGAAGAUGAGCAUGAUGGGAUUUCAGAGGAGAUUCCACAGUACACGGCUCACCAGCUUCCCAGGAAGGAUCUAACAGGAUCACAGCAACAGGAAGAGAACCAGGAGGAGGCACAAGUUCAGAAUGGGGCUGAUCCUGAAGCUGUGCUAGAACCAGAGAGUGGGUCUGCUACAAAACAAGAACCACAACCAGAAUUAGACAAUAGCCAGAGUCAGCCUUCUUCAGAAACACAAUGCAGUCAGGACCAGACAGAGACCACCACAGACUCGGUACCAUCAACAGCUGGAGCAGUUUCUGAGUCCCAAGAAGAACAGCCUGUCUUGGAUGAUUCUGGUCAAGUUGUCCCUCCGCCUCCUCCUUCUCCGGUUCUCUGCGCUCUGAAUCGAGCCAAACAGCUCGACCUGAGUCGAGCAGGGCAGGGAGCAAACACAGAAGGAGGUCCAGGACGAGGAAGAGGAAGGGUGAGAGGAUUCCCUCUUCAGAGGUCAUCUUCCCUGCCCACAUCGCUCCUCUCACCCUCCAGGAUCGUGUCCUCUGUCAGGAUCCAGUUUGGUCAGGGCCAGGCAUCCUGCACCCAGCCCAGGUACUCCUUCAAAUACACCCCAGAGGACGGCGAGGACAAGGAAGAAGGAGGGGCUGAGGAAGGAGAUGACGGGCAAACAAGAUGUCGGUCUACGCUGCUCAUAAACCCCGCUUCCUCGUCCGGUUCUAUCAACCAGCCUACAAGGUCUCCUGCAGAAACCCUCAUCCCACCUAAACCCAUCCCUCGCUACCUGAUGCGGUCGUCCAUUUCUCUGCAGAGCGCCAGCCCUCCUCCUGAUUGGCCACCAGGUGGCAACGCCCACCCCUGGAGCACCCAGAGUGUUCCUGAUCUCUUCACCGAACGGCAGCAGCAGGGUCAGUUUCAGCAGAACUUGGGCUCAAACCAAAACCAGCAAAACUGGACUUCAAGGCCGAUGCCGCUCCCUAAUCCAAGCCCUAAUCCCAAUCCUGUUCCUCAGUACCUCAACCAAACCCACAACCAUAGUCCCAGCUUUAACACAAGCCCGUACCCCUUUACUCUCAACCCUCAUUCACAGCACCCAGCCCCUCUCCAACCUUACAGCAGCCUUCCUAACCUCCACCACCCGCACAACCCGUCUUCACUCCACCAUUCCAGCCUUCCUGGUCUCCACCAACCUUCAACUUCGCCAUUACCGCCACAUGCCAGCCUCUCCAAUUUGCAUCACUCGCCAUCUACUGCGACUCCUCACCACGCCAGCAUGGGCAACCUGCAUCCAACUACUCCGAUGAUGCACCACCAGGGCUACAAUCACCCCUACCCACACCACUCGCUCUUCUAUUCACCCCAGCACAGCUCGCCGUACGCCUCAUCCUACCUCGGUUACCAUGGGUACAACAUGAGCCCACACUUGGGAUUCCCCCAUGUCAUUCCCCAGUGUCCCCCAGAUCAUGGAUUCCAUCCUGGGCUUGCUCCUCAUGCUCCAGGUUUCCUUGCAGGCCCGGGCCACAGUCUCCACCCGGGGCUCACUCCUCCUGCUCCAUCCACCACAGAGAUGCAGCUGAGGAGAGUCCUUCACGACAUUAGAGGGACUGUCCAGAGUCUCAACCAGGUUAGUCCUGCAUCUUCACUGUCCGUCUAUUAAUUAAUAAUUUUAUUAAUAUAAUGAGUAGAUUAAAUUGCUGAAGUUUGUUUUGAACAUAGUUCUCUAAUUUCAUGAUGGUAAACCUCCUGUGGCUGAUGAUAAUUCUUGGGGUGAAAACCUGUAUGUGAUUCCACUUUAACCUCAAGAUUAAAUAUAGCACCUCCUGUUAGAACUACAACCAAUCAUUGUUAGUGUUGCUUAAUCUUCUCUGUCACUGUAGUUGUUGUUUCUUUUCCUUUCUGAGCUCUAAAUGAUCCUUCUGAGAGUUUACGUUCUGACAUCUCUGUCCUCUUCAUCCAGAACCGUGCAGACACUCCAGAUGCAUUCAUUGAGCACAGAGUAACUCCAUCCAGCAGCCAGGUACAGUCUCCCCCCCCUCAGUAAUCCUUCAUUUACCACCUCAUACCUGUCUCCUUUCUGAGAGGCAAUCUCUGCUGACAGUGGAGAAAUGCAAUUUGUUAGUAAAGCUCAGCUUAAAAAUCUUUCUGAAGUUUAAGCCGACUUAAAUCUUUCCAAGUGUAACUCUCACAAACACAAAACCGUUCGAUCCCCUUGAAGGCAGAUUAUGUCCCAGGAAUGUCCACACAUUUCCUGUCAAUGUGUUUUCGGGGUUGUAUGAUAUGUUUACAUAUGAGCUUUACAUAACUCAGAAUUUGCAUACUGUUAGUUUGCUGUGCGUCACAAAUGUUUCCAGGAAGAGACAGUGAGUAAUGUCGUUUUUGUGAUUCUUGAUCAAAUCUAAAGUGUCUGUCUCUCUCUUUCUCUCUUUUUCUCUGUCUGUCUUCAGUCCCUGGCAGAGUUCCAGCAGAAAAGGCGAAGUCUGAACUUGUUCCGCAGUCAGAUGAUGGACCUAGAGCUGUCAAUCAUCCGACAGCAGGCGUUGGUGUACAAACACCUGAGCCCUGCUGACAGGUGAGGCACAAAAAUGAAUAGAAGCACAUAUGUGACAGAAGUUGAGACUGUAAGGAUGGGUGAUACGUGUUUUUCUGUGUGUUAAAGGCUAGAAUUGGAGCAGCUUCAGUCUCUGAGGUCAGCGGUCAGAGAGGAGCUGCAGGAGCUGGAAACACAGCUGGAAGACAAACUGUUGGAGCUGACACAACACGGGGUACAAACACAAAUACAGAACAAAACAAAACAUGCAGGGUGUAUAUAGACAAAAUGAUUGGGCUUCAUUCUUCAACAUCUUCAAAAUCUUAUUCUGAGGAAGAUUUCUUGGAGAAGUUUGAGUUUGAAACUGGCGACGAAAUGCGCAAAAUAAAUCCUGAACUGGUUGCGCGCUGGACUCCUAGGGGAAAAUUUGAUGUAGUAGUUCCAAAACAAACAUGAAACACAAACAUGUACAGGGUAGUACACUUCUAAAUAAAAGCGUAGUUUGACGAUGGAGGGAGAAAAACAACCUAAAGCAAGACAAAUAAUAUUGACUUAAUAAAAAGCAUGACAAACAAUCAUUUAACGAGCGUUCUUCUUUGAACAAAUCCCGGAUAAGAAAUUCAGAUUCUGACUCAGAAUGAAGGACUCUUUUUGAAAACUUAAUGUCUAUUCUUAAUCCUCAGGGUCUCCACAGAGACGGCAGUGUGGACAAUCUGUCCUCUGCCUCUGCACUGAGAGCAAUGGAGCCGGUAAAAUACCUCACAAACACACAGACAGCUAUUGUCUUGAGAUAACAGAGUCAAAAUGUGUCCAAAUAUACCAAACCGUCUUUCUAUCCUCUUGUCCCUCCAGGUGUCAGACCUCCUCAGAGAGCAGCUCUACCUUCAAUCAGAGCUCAGCUACGACGGUCAGACUCCCUCCAUCCACCCCUCCAUCCACCCCUCCACCAGGUCAUCCAGCCCAGUUCGAGGAGGAGGUAGUGAGGAUCACGAGCAAGGCGUGUACAAAGCAUCCAUCAACAUAACCCCCGCCCCUCCUCCUCGACCCAACGCACAAACCGACGAGGAGGAAGAAGAAGACAAGGAAGAACGAGGGAUGAACAGACUGGGAGAAGGAGGAGGAAACGGAGAGAGAGAAGGAGAAGAGGAGGGAGCAGCAGGAGGACUCAAAGUGGAGAACCUGCAGGAGCUCAUCAGAGAGGUGACAGUCCGUGUUGUGCUUCGGUGUUAUCCAGUGUUGUGAUUUUGUUCAUUUCUCACUCGUAUUUUAUGUCCCUGUUUUUUCCAGAUCCGAGAAAGUGUAGCAAAGGAGGUCCGAAGGGAGAUAUACAGCGAGCUCCUUGCUACUGUUUCACCACAGCGACCGCCUCACCCUGCCAGACAACAGCCACUGUAGCCGUGGCAACAUCAGCACACCGCCUCUUUCACCUUUAGCCUUAGUAACCACAGCCUGAGCAGCAACACUGUCUGUGUGCAACACUGUAUAGCUGAGUAACACUGUCUGUGUGGAACACUCUGUGUCUGUAACACUGUAUGUCUGUAACACUGAUGAUGAGAUGAACACAUCACCUUCAUGUAAGAAAACCCCGCCCACCCCAACCUGCAGCAGACAGGAUGCAGAGGGAGACGAGGACGUUUACGACAAAGACUUUUUUUAUGUUUCAGUGUGCCGGGAAGGUUGUCCGAGUGGAACCACUAGCAAUGACACGUCAUCUUCUUCUUUUGUUUCUUUUUUUCAAACUGUUUUGAUCAAAGCAACGCCUAAAACAACAACCACUGCCACCACUGUAGUGCUAACAGGAAACCACUAUUAGGUCCAGUCCUGUGGAUGUCCCCUUUAAGGUUUUAUUUUGUGAGAUUAGAGAAGCACAGAAGCUGAAGCCCCUAAUGAACGCCACAGUAAUAAAUUAUUGGGAGGUUGAAUCAAAUUUUCUGUCUGUGAAGAUUUCUGACUUUGUCUCAGAAUAUAAAUUCAGUCUGCAAAUCCUUAUCAUGGUGGGAGAACAAAAAAAAAAACAAAUUCCUUCUGUUUUCUGGUUUUCUGCUUUGGGAAGAUGAAGCUGCUGUGAAAUACACUUCGACUACAGAGUCUGACAUCAGGUUCAGGCCAAAUCUUUGAAAUGAGUUUAUCAGAGAACACAGAAAACACAUCCUUUGUUCAUGCCAACAUCCAUGUAGCUCAUAUUUUGAUAUGAUAUGGAUAUUCGGCAUUAUAACAUAUAUAUUCCAGGUCUUUUUCUAACUGUGGACUCUAAGUUUGCAUUGAAAAGUACAAUUUAAAGCUGUAAAUUCAAAAAUAAUUUAUAAUCUUGAAAAUUGCUGAUCACAAAUAAUAACAAAAAGAGGUUUGAUGUUGUUAAAAUCUUAAUGCUUAUGAUCUAAAGUGCGAUUUUAAAUACUUGGAACACUGCAAAUGAGACUUAUUGGUUUUGCAGGGUUGUAAUGAGACAGAGACAGAAAUCUCAGAGACAGAAAUAUCAAAAUUAUGUCUGUUAAGAGAUACCACUAAGAGUGAUUUGGCUGCACCAAGUCAUUAACUUACUGUGAGCAACAUUAGGGGACCAAUAACAAACUGUUAAUGCCUUUACUUUAUUUAAUCUGUGCUCUUACACUUCUUAUCAAAGGGUUAGAUUCUUUAUUUCUCCUUACUAUUUGCUGAAGAUCAAACUGAGCUUUCACCUCUUGAAGUAACUCACUCCAUGCACAUUUCACCUUAUUGUAAAAGGUUCAAAGUGGGCUGUAAUGUAUGCUAAAAAAACGGAUAAUGAUCCCAGAGCUGUCAACAUUCCUUCAUCAUCAUCAUCUUCAUUAUUAUCAUCAUCAUCAUAGUCAUUGUGCUUUGAGCCAUUUCAUUUAUUCACAGUCAAAUCUCAAAGUUUUAUCAUGUUUUACAAAAAAAGCUGCUCCUAGAUUCAAAACACAACUUGGUGUGAACAUCCUUGGGUCACAGUUAACCUUUUUGAACAUUUUCAGUCAAACAUAUUCAUUCAGGCAUGAGCAGAGUUCAAAAAUAUUUUUAGUUGGGAUUGAACUAUAUAUGCUAACCUUUUCCCUAUUCACGAAAUGUUGGACUGUCCCUUUAACACUCAGUCGUGACUCUGUCCCAGUCAUUACUUAGCAGUUUAUGAGGUCAGAGAGUGAUGUCAUGUGGCACUGAGGAUGUCUAAGAGGUCAAAGGUUACAGAGUAAGUUGUCUCGGCGAUGGUGAUGAUAAUGUUGAUGAUGAUGUGAUAACUGAAGUGGGCUGGUGAGCAUGAAGGUUAGCAGACAGUGGAGCUAGAGCCUUAGCCAUGUGAGCAUGUUGGCUAAUGCCGUCUGUGUGCAAUAAUAUGAAAGUUUAUGCUGAUUACUGGGACUGUUGUUAACACAUUUAACCACUUCUUACAUUUCAGAUGGGAUCAGUCUUCCUGCAACACUGAAGCACAAACUACUCUGUAUAUUUGACAAACUCGCCAAUUUAACCAAGUCAGACUCUCUCACAUAGAAUGUACCAAACUGAUGGAUAACUUAUGUCUUUGUUAGUAUUCACUAUUGACUGUAUAGGAGGAUGAGUCUCUUCUUUGUGCAAAAAUGAAGCCAAAAUACCCCCUUGAGACAAGCGCCACCUUAGUGUGCAGUUGGAGUUAGUCUGUGCUGUAUUGAUAACUUUAUGCCCCAUCCACUAAUCAAAACAAAUGUAACUUUCCAGUAAAAUUGCAGCCUCCACCCAUACAGUCUGUAGUGUAAGAGUAUCUUGAGUUGAUUUGAAGUAGACACUCACAGCUAUUGAAAGUUCAGUAAUUCUUGUGUCAGUGCUUUUAUUGGUUUCUUCCCAUUUCUACUCUACUUAUCAUGCAGAGCUUCCAUUGAGGUGUCACUUAUCACUUGGUUACACAAACAUCAAUAGCUAAUUCAACGGAAAAAUGACUAUUUGGACAUACUUCUGCAUGAUAAAAAUGAACUUUUUAUGACAGUAACGGUUUCCUAGAAAGUUUGGCACAUGUCUCAUCUGGCAACAUGGAGGAGGCGGGCUUAUGACACAUCGUUUCGCCAAUUUGCAGGUGGAGCCUGAUAUGUUUUGACUUAACUUUUGGGGGAUGCAGUCAGGGAAAUUUCACAUUUCUGAUGUGUUUAGAUCUUGUCAAUUCAGUUUUUUGUAAAUGAAUGAGGGAGAAUCUGAGAUAAAGCAAGCGCCCCACUCAACUGAGCGUUAUUGGCUGAGAGACCCGUCAAUCAAAACAGACACAUCUUAAUCAAUAGUUCUUUUUUUUUUUUUAUUCUUUUUGAUGGAUUUGUAAACGCCCUCACAGAUUGAAAUAUCAGUUUGAACUUGUGUUUUGUUGAUGUUCACUCUUCAUCCUAGGAAACAAUUUGUGAUGAAAGGACUCUCUCCUAAAGGUUCAUUUAAAAAUAAUUUUGAGCUUUAGUUUAAUGCUCAAGUUUUUCAGAAAGAACUUGAGUUUUUCAUUCCCCCAGAUGCUCUAAAUUAUUACUAUUUGAACCUUUAGAGCUUUAAUUCUCUCCACUAGAUUCUUCCCCAUGUGUUUGUAGAAUCAUCUUUUCCUCUGUUCACAUGCUCUGCUCAGCUGGACCAACACACUGUGCCUUUCCCCCCCUUUUUUUCAUUUUUUUUUUAACUGAUCAAGAAUAUCUGACCAACUUCUAAUUUCCCUUCACUGCCUGUCUGUUGGUGUCGAUUAAUUUCUGUUUAUGUGUCUAUUAAUAAUGAUGUGUAUUUUGUAUUGAUGUCUUGUCAGCGGGAUGAAGGGGAGGGACCACUCUGUAGAGAGAAUAAUAAAGAUGUAUUUAUUUUCAGUACAGACGA